AUGAUCCGUCGAACCUGUUGCCCUGGUCGAUGGUCCCAGAAUCGCUGGCCCGUGAAAAGAUUUUCCCAAGCAGCACGUCUUCGUGGAGCGGAGAAACAACCUAGUGAAAACGAAGACGGUACCAAAAAGGAAUCCCUUCAUAAGUUCUCGGGACAGACGCAUUCGCCGGGGCAACCUAACAUCCGCGCUGUCUAUCCUCGAGAAAAAGAAUAUGGCAUACAUGGACUUGAGCUCUUUCGUGUUUCACAAGAGAUUCGAACAGCUUUUGAUAAUAAAACGCCAGUUGUAGCGCUCGAGUCCACGAUUUACACCCAUGGUUUUCCCUAUCCCGAAAAUGUUGCCUUGGCGCUAGAUUUAGAAAAAAUAGUUCGCAAGAAUGGUGGCAUCCCCGCAACAAUUGGUGUUCUCGACGGCGUUAUCAGGGUUGGCCUCAGUAGUGAGGAGAUUACUGCUUUAGCUUCUUCUGCUGGGAAGCCUGAGACCAUGAAAGUGUCCAGAAGAGAUAUCCCCUACAUCCUCGGCAUGGGAAUCGCGGGUCGCAAGUUGAACGGUGGUACCACUGUUGCCGCGACGAUGAUGAUUGCAAACCAGGCUGGUAUUGAUGUAUUUGGAACUGGCGGCCUGGGAGGCGUCCAUCGUGGUGGUGAAAAUACCAUGGAUGUAUCAGCUGACCUUACCGAACUCGGCCGAACACCAGUUGCUGUAAUAAGCAGCGGAUGCAAGAGCUUCCUGGAUAUCCCUCGAACUUUGGAGUAUCUAGAGACACAGGGCGUCACAGUCUGUACCUUCGCUGAUGGCCGUACUGGUGAUAUUGACCUACCUGCUUUUUACACGCGUGAGAGCGGUAUUAAGAGUCCCCUGGUUGUUCAAGACGCGAAGGAAGCUGCAGCGAUAAUCUACGCACAACUAUCAUUCAGGCGCAGGAAUGGUAUAUUAUUCGCAAAUCCAAUCCCAGAAGAAUUCUCCCUUCCCAAAGCAGAUAUUGAUCUCGCAAUCGACCAGGCUGUCCAAGAAGCCGCGCAACUGGGAUUCCACGGGCACUUGAACACACCGUUCAUUUUGUCCAGGAUCAAAGAGCUUACCAAGGGCAGCAGUAUUCCAGCUAAUCGGGCUUUGAUCGAAUCAAAUGUGGCCAUGGCUACCAAGGUUGCUUUUGAGCUCUCCAGGCUGAGACAAGCCCUGAACUUCUCUAAUUCCGCUCCACCUGCGAGUCUCGAACAACUAGGCGAAGCAAGGAAGCCCGCUCCCAAAGCAACUAAGGAACCUAGCUCAUUAUCUGCAUCAUUAGACAUAAUGUCGGAAGUCCAACCACAUCGUCCGGCUGCAGAUAUCCUAGUAUUUGGGUCCUUAGCGCAAGACGUUUCAUGUGAUUACUCGCCCGAAACCCAGACCCACAAUGGAAAUGCGCCUCUCGACCUCCAAACGCAAAGUUCACCUCAACUUCACACGUCAAAUAUUGCCAAGAUCACUACUUCGGUUGGGGGUGUUGGCCAUAAUGUUGCGCUCGCUGCCCACCGAGUAGCUGGGAACUUGACAGUCAGAUUGUGUAGUAGAGUAGCUGACGAUCCAGCUGGAACUUCUGUACUUGCUGCAUUGGAGAAUGAAGGCUUGGAUGCAACCGGCGUUGUGGUCCACAGAUCUCUGGUCCACGGAUCUCAAACAAAUCAGCUAGGCAAUCGCACACCAACUGCUCAAUAUGUCGCCGUAAACGAUGGCAAGAAAGACCUUGUAGUUGCCAUGGCAGACAUGAGUAUCUUCACUGAUCUGAAGCACUGGGGGAUUCCGGACACCUGGGAACAGGCAAUAGUAAAAGACCCCAAAUGGGCCGUCGUCGAUGCAAAUUGGCAUCCCAUAUGGAUGGAGCACCUGUUGCGGAAAAUCAAAUGGCCGUCUGACAACCGCUCCACUAAAAUCGCCUAUGAGCCCGUUUCAAUCCCAAAAUCAGCUCGGAUGUUUCAUAAAAAACCCGAGUAUAAAUUUCUCAUACCAACAUUUCCACUCCACUUCAUCGACUUAUCAACGCCAAACCAGUACGAACUCGCAGCCAUGCACGCCGCAGCAAAAGACAGCAACUACUUCGAGUCCGACGAAUGGUGGCAAGUCAUCGACGCCCUUGGCAUUCCCUCCACCGGUGCCCGCGAUCGCUUUGUCGCACUUACCAGUCGCAAGAUGACGGAUGAUGGCAUCCCACUACAGACAAUUCAACUCCUACCUUUCAUCCCAACCAUCUUAACAAAGUUGGGCGCUGAAGGUGUCCUCAUGACCGAGCUUCUCAAGCCGGGUGAUCCUCGCCUUACAGACCCAAAUGCAGCUCCGUUCAUUCUCUCCCGCAACGCGAACGAGAGCACUGAAAUAGGCGGUGUAUACAUGCGUCUCUUCCCUGCUGCGGAGAAGGUCGCGGAUGUAGUUAGUGUUAAUGGUGUUGGUGACACGUUCCUUGGUGUCGUUAUCGCGGGCUUGGCGAGGGGCAUGAAACUCGAAGAGAGACUGAUUGACAUUGCACAGCGAGGUGCGGUCAUGACUCUCAGAUCCAAAGAAGCUGUUAGUCCCGAAUUAGGUGUUUUGAGUGGCGAGCUUGCGGAUUACGAAGAAAGCGAGCAAGCUGAUGUGAUUGCCUAA